GACCGCGAACAACGUGGUUCAUCCACGACCUUAAAAGCGCCGCCCGUUAUGCUGUCGUGGUAAGAUAGCACAUACGCCGCGCUGCGCGUAGGAUUUUAGGGACCCACGAUCACAUGCACGCGGUACCUCGUACACGCACGAUAAAUUUUGAUGUGUGGUCUUGAAGAACGUCCUCGGACUCUUCCGCCAUCGUGUUUGUUUGUGCGACUGACUGAAGAACAUCAUUCGGGAAAUGGUGGUGGGAUGAUUGAUUGGAGUAGGGGCUGCACAUCUCAGACAUAAAUCGGGCGUCGCAUGGAUGGUGGCAGCGUACAUACCGUCACUACCGACGUCGCUGACUCCACCUACAUGGUUCAUUUACUCCGCCAUACGGGGAGGGUUGGGAGAGCAGCCUCGGCACGGAGCCAGUUGUGGUUGCAUCUUUAACGCGGCUCGGUAACCACAUCUACACACGCCAUCCUCCGAGAGUGCUACGGCCCGUAGGCUUUAACACCAUUUUCCCCGCGAAAAAUGCACGGCAUCUCACAGCGCGACAUCCCAGCCGUCUAGUACCAGGCCACGUUUUUUUUCAGCGGGAGAACUGUGGAAAGUGGAGACGGUGUCUGAGUGUUAUUUUUUUCGGUUGUGCUCUGGUGAGGGUGCACCUCUUUCCCGGAACGACGCCAUCAUGCUGAUAGACGUUGCCUGCAUAUUGCGUGCCGCCCUGGCGAUUAUUCUCCUGCGGCUUAUGUCAUGCGCCAAGUCGAUGGAAUGUUUCUACUGCCCUGCCACCUCAAGCGAAGACGAAUGCAGGAGAGUUGGGCGCGUACAGCGGUGUACCGUGGGUUACAAUACAUGCUUCACACAAAUCAAGUACAAAGGCGGCAGUGACUACCUGCCCAUGACAGUGACGCGAAGCUGCGUGGAUGACACUUUUUGCACUGCGGAGAAAAAGACCUUCAACAACGGCCAGUGUAUCGCCAGUGACACUGAUUACACCUGCGUCUGGUGUUGUCACGAGGACAAUUGCAACCUGCUGUCGUCUGCCAGCAGGUUGAAUGUCAACCCCAUUUCCCUACUGGGUGGCAUCGCCAUGGCAACAUAUCUAUCCACAGCAGUAAUGUGGCAUCGGUAAGAGACUAAUUGUGACAACUGAGAGAAAAAUACUACAGAAACUUUCUGAUAUUUCGAGUGACGAACUACAUGUAUACGGUUUGGAUUUUUCUCUUACAAUGCUUCACAAGUCAUGAUAGGCACAUUUGUACAUCGCCGAAAGAGAUGUUUGCACGGCAGGAUUAAGCUUAGCUCCGUCACCAACUGAGGACUCGGAUAGGUUCAAAACUACGGCGACUUGGGUAUUGUCUUCUUCAAUAUGGAGUAACGCUUGCAUCAUCUGCUUCAUGUGCAUAACGUAACGCCCUGGAACCAGUGGGAGUAGGUAACGUUCGUUCGUACAACAGACUGGUUCUCGUUCUAUCUCUACUUCCCAAUUUGGAAAACUAAACGGACAAAUAAUUUGAUUUGAUGGCAAAAUAAAAAAGGAUCACUGGAAAAUAACUCUAGCUCUUGCACUACACUGGCACACGUCCUCUUCGUUCAAAAACGUGGAAUGGAAGAUUACAUUUUUAAAAAAGGAGACGCCUAGCGUUGUGACUAAACUUGAACAAGUCUGCCAUUUCCCCACUUUGAAGAACACUUCAGUUUCAAUGCAACUGGCGCCAAAAAGUGGCCGUCCCAAUUGGCGUCCAGUGACUUUGCCGAAUGUGGCUCCAGGUCAUCCUACCAUUCACUGCCAACAUUUCUGCACGUCUGCCAAUACACAGAGAUUGCAGUACAUGUAACUGUUUCACCCCCACCCCCCCAAAAAAAAUCUAUGGAAUCAACUAAGCUUGCCUGGUUGAAACCUUUCCCAAAUUGAUUAUUAUCAGCAUGCCUGAAAAAUGUAUUAAAUUCAAAACUUUAAAAACAUUAUUUGUUAAAAGAUGUACUUUUAUAUUCUCAAUUUACUCUGCUGUUGACAGCAUCAUCAAAGUGUGCAUUCAUGUAAAUUUUGUGAUAUGGUGAGGUAGGCCUUUAGAUCAUAAAGUACAGUGUAUACCACCGACCGCCUGUAAAGUGAGUCUGCAUAGUAUCGCACUGAAGUUUCGGCACGGGGGACAAACGAGUUACACUGGCUGAAGACAACAGAGUUGUCAAAUCCCACACACUGGACGUGAAAUUCACAUAUUUUGACUGUUCUCACACUCUCAUGCCAAUACAAAACCUAGAACAAUAAAAUGCAAUUAAUUUGUUCAACACUUCCAUGGCUAGUCCUUACUAUGUCAUGAAAACACUUCCCUGCCAGCAAGCUUAUUACAAGUGAAAAAAAGAACAAGUUAAUUGAUUGCUAUGGCAACGCCGUUGUCAUGAGUUUUUUUGUGUGCAUAAAGAAUAUGCAUCAUCGUGUCCGAAACAGGCUUCUCAGCGCUACGAAUAUGUAUAUUCUCACAAUCCCCCAGCUGAACUGUUAGAAAGAAUUUGAGCAUUCAUUGCUACAUUAUCCUAACCCCCCAGGGUGUAUGUAAAUCAUAUUGAAAUCGGAGGAUUUGGGACUGUUAGGGUUAACAUGUUUCCCGUAGAACAUGAACUUUAAGGCUGUCUAAACAACUUCAAAAUGCUUGAACACGUUGGCGAGGUCUCAGCCACAGGUUUUUUUACCUACCGGUGAAUGGCGAACUAUGACAGGCUGCCAGGACAAAAAAAAUCAAAAGAAUGAUUCAUAAAGUGUUUAAAAAAUGGCAAAGCUACUAAAAAAUAAUACCAUACCACCACUAAGUACCAAAAAUACCUUUGUCUUUAAUACAACUGGGGCAUAAGUGGGUUUUUUUUUUGAGACAGAAAGUGUUGCUAGUGAAGGAUGAACUCUCUGCAAAAAAAUGGCCUUCUGCACAAAAUAGUAGGCAAUGUUUGUUUAUAAUGAAAGAAGAGGUCAGUAACAGAUGGAAAAAUGAAAAUAACAGAGUUAAAGUCCCUGUUGUACAAUCUGUACUAUUUGAACUUAAAACACAUAUCUCUCUAUGCAUGUGCCAGUUCUGGAGUAUUAGAUGACGUCUAGAAAUGGGUCCCCCCUUCUUUCAAUUUCCAAUAUCCCUUUAAAAAUGUCGGUUUGCUUCAAAAUCCAUGGGAAAAAAAUACGCCAAACCUUCAGAUGAACUUACGCCAAAACAAAGCGGAACAGACCACACAGAGUUCAGUUCUGUUGCAUGCAACAGAACAUCCUUGGGAAAGUCCAUCCCAAAUGGGGAGACGCGUUUACAUUUAAUUAACAAAGCGGUUGACAUUUUAUCCGUAAAGUGCAUUUCCCUUUAAUUGUUGCUUCCGUUUGCUAAUUCAACAGCAAUACAUAUAUUAUUACGCAAAUGUACAUGUACUUGGAAAACCAGCACCAAAUGAUCAUACCAAAAAAAAAAAAGAUUAAAUGACAUCAUGGUUUUCACAGACAGACAUGCAGCAAAACAAAACCUCUGAGUGAUAUCUAUGUUCCUGUCUAUCUUUGCUUGGUUUGGGGUGAUUGUUGAUGGAACUUGCACACCCAGCAGUGAGUUUAAUUAAAAAUCCAGACAACUUCGAUGAUGCAAGACGGGGUGAAAUGUUGCAAUCUAUGUGCAAGUUAAAAAACAAGUCAGUCAAACCACGGAAUUGGCAUUUCUUUAAGCAAUAUGUACAUCGUAAUAAUACUGGGUGGGGAUAUGCUUGAUUAUAAUCCGACAGAAAUUGCAUCACACAUGUCCUAUCUGUCAAAUCUGACUGGUUUUUGGCUUCAGAAAAAAAAAAAAGAGAAAUGAAGUACAUUGUUCUACUCUUACUUCCAGAAAUUUUUUUUUCCACGUAGUUUAGUUCUCACACACAAAUCCACCCCAAAACUAGCAGAGUACAGUGGUUUUUAACAUUCUUUAUAUUGCAAAUCUUGUGUCUACUGAAGUUUUGUUAGAGUACAUUGUUUUAAUGAUACCGUGCAAAUUUUGAUAAAAAGUAUUGUUGAAUGCUUGAAGUACAUGUGUAUUCAUUUUAAAAGUGUCAAAUUCUGGGAAAUGGUAAUCAUAAAUAUUAUGAUGCAUAUUCUCCUAGUACCAAAACAACUGUAUCUCAAAUUUAUGGUCACUUAUCAACAUCUGAACUGUGGAAACUAAACACUGCUCUGAGUUGUGAUGUUGAAUGAAAAGUUGGUAUUUUGACUUCUUCCAAUAAAUAACAUGCUGAUUCCAAAGAGAA